GAUGGGGGAGGGGCUGGGCUGGGCGGUGCUGGCGCUGGCGGCCAUCGGGAGCUGCGGGGUCAAAGGCUCCGCCCCCUUGGCCCCGCCCUUCCUGGAGGAGCCGGCCAAUCAGAGCGUGGCACUGGGUGAGGAGGCGGAGCUUCGCUGCCGGGUCCGGGUGGGCGUGGCCGUGCAGUGGUCGAGGGGCGGGCUCAUGCUCGGGGCCACGCCCACCCGGGCUCACCCUCGCUACCGAUUGGUCGGAGACCCUGAGAAAGGCGAGCGGCACCUGCGGAUCCGCCCGGUGACGCUCGAGGACGACGACGUGUUCAGCUGCCAGGCGGGGGAGGGGAGCGAGAGCCGGGCGUCGCUGCCGGCGCAGCUCAGCGUGAUGGUCCCUCCCAGUUCGCCCCAGCUGGAGCUGCUGGAGGGGGCGGAGCUUCCUUUGAUGGGCGGGGCCGAGGUUCGGGUUCGCUGCCACGCCCACGACGCGCGCCCCGCCCCCACCCUGGAGCUGCGCCUGGGGGAGGAGCCCCUGGCCGACGUCUCCCAGCGAGUGUUCGAGGGAUCCCACCCGAAACUGAGCUCGGGCGAGGCCACGGCCAGGCUGGUUCCCGUCCCGGCUCUCCAGGGGCUCCUCCUGCUCUGCUCGGCCUCGAACGCGGCCGGGCCGGCUCCGGACACGGCGGCCAUGAGGCUGGACAUUGCUGUCCCGCCCAGUGCUCCCAGUAUCGCGGGGCUCCCGCCGCUGGCGCGCGCGGGGGAGGAGCUGCGCCUGCGCUGUGAGAGCCGCGGGGGGCGGCCCCCGCCCAGCCUGCACUGGGACAAGGAUGGGCUGCCCCUGGCGGGGGCGUGGUCAGAGGACGAAGGGGGCGUGGCCACGUCGCGGCUCGUGUUCCGCCCCGCCCCCGAGGACGAUGGCGCCGUCUUGCGGUGCCGCGCCGUGACGUCACUGCCGGGGGGCGGGGCCAGCGCCAGCGUCACGCUGCGAGUGGCGUACGGCCCCUCGGAGCUGGCGGUGCUGGGCUCGGGGGCGGUGCCCGAGGGGGGGGAGGCGGAGCUGAGCUGCACCAGUGCUCCCAGUAACCCCCCAGUACGGCUGCGCUGGUGGCUGGGGGGGGCGCGGCUGAGCCCCAGCAGCGAGGGACAGACACCGGGGGGCGGGGCCUAUUCCAACGUGACGCUGCGGGGGCGGGGCCAGGACCACGGGGCCGCCCUGGUGUGCGAGGCCGAGACCCCCGGGGUGGGGACCAAGAGUGUGAGCGUGACGGUCAGCGUGAGCCACCCGCCCCAGGAUCUCUGGGUCGAGGCCCCGCCCCCCAACACCACCUUCCGGGUGGGGGAGGGGCUGCGGCUGCUGUGCCACGCGCGGGGGGGGCACCCGGCCCCCAAACUCACCUGGACCAAGGACGGCCGCCCCCUCUCGGAAGCCCCGCCCCAAAGCCGCUCCGGCCACGUGACCUCCCGCGCGCUGCACGUGACCCUCGCGCCCAGCGACAACGGCGCCAACUUCCGGUGCGAGGCCGCGCCCGUCCGCCAGGGGGCGCCGCCCACCCGCAGCGCCCCCGUGCGCAUGCGCGUCCUCUUUCCAGCCCAGUCCGUUUCCAUCUCGGUGUCCCCGCGGGAGCCCCGCCCAGGCCACGCCCUCACGGUCACGUGCCGCGCUGGCCCCGCCCACCCGGCCCCGGAGCUCACCUGGAUCCGGCCCGGCCACGCCCCGGACCCGGGGCUGCCCCUCCCCCCCAGCCCCGCCCCCCACGGCGGGGUCACGGCGGGGUCACGGCUGCUCCUGCAGGGGGCGCUCGAGCUCCACGAUCAGCCAAUCACGUGCCGGGCCUGGAGCGCGCGGCUGGGCGUGGCCGUAAGCUCCGCCCACGUCCUGCGCAUGCGCCACGCCCCCGUGGUGAGCGCGGGCCCCUCCCCCGUGGUGGUUCCGGAAGGUUCCGAGGCCGUGCUGGGGCUGUCGGUGCGAGCCCAUCCCCCUCCCGAGGGCUGCGCCUGGAGCACCGCGGGGCGCGGCAUCAACCCAGAGGGCUCCCCGCGCUUCCGGCUGUCGCCGGGGGGCGCUCUCGUCAUCGCCAACGUCACGCGCGGCGACAGCGCCGCCUACCGGGUGUGGUGCGUCAACGCCGAGGGCGGGGCCGGCGCUGACGUCACGCUGCUGGUGCAGGUGCCCCCCAGCAUCGUCAGCGCCCCCGACCCGGUGGUGGUGGACGAGGGGGGGGAGGGGCAGCUGCUGUGCGAGGCCCGGGGCAGCCCCCUCCCCCCGGGCAGCGUCACGUGGGCACGGCUGCUCUUUCCGGGGCUGCUUUUGGGCCGUUUUGCCUCAAUUCCAGCCCCGUUUUUGCCCCCCCAGGGUGACUCGGGGUCCCCCCUGGCUCUGCCCCCGGGGCUGGAGCCGCUGCCGGGGGGUCCCGGGGGGGCCCUGAGGGUCUCGGGGGCGCGGAGGGACCUGGGGGGUCCCUACGAGUGCCGGGUGGACUCGGGGGUCCCGCCCCCCGCCCGCGCCAUCGUCCGGCUGCUCGUCAGAUAUGGUCCCGAGAUGGAGGCGGAGCCUGACGAGGGGGCGGGGCCGGGGGUGGUGCUGGUGCCCGAGGGGGCGGAGUCAGCGACGCUGCGGUGCCGGGCCCGGGGAGUGCCGGGGGUGGAGCUAAACUGGGAGAGCAAUGGGCGGAGCCUGAGAGCUGGGGAGCCCGGUUCGCCGUUCCAGCAGCUCCAGUGGCGCGAGGGGCCCUGGACCAGCUCCCAGCUCAGCGUCACCAACGUCACCGGGGCCCGGGCGCGCCUGCGCCGCCUCUUCCUCCUGUCCCACCAGUCCCACCAGUCCCACCAGUCCCACCAGUACCCCCGGCCCCGCUACCGCUACCACAACGUGCCCCCGGCGCCGCCGGACUGGGAGCACUGGGAGCACUGGGAGCACUGGGAGGGCACCAACGGCACCCUGGGCGUCUUCGACUGCGUGGGCACCAACGAGAGGGGAACGGCCCGGAGGAGGCUGAGGCUGCAGAUGGGGGACCGUCCGGACCCCCCCCGUUCCCUGCGGCUCUCGGGGCUCUCGGGAACCUCCCUGAGCCUGGAAUGGGAGCCGGGCUGGGACGGGGGCCUGGCCCAGCACUUCCUGCUCCGCGCUGACGGCCCGGACGCCCCUCCCCCACCCGCCCACCUCGUCACUUCCGGUUUUUCCCUCACGCUGGGCGGGCUUCAGCCGGACACGCCCUAUGACGUCACCGUGCGCGCCCGCAACGCCCGCGGGGAGAGCGCCCCCGUGCGGCUGAGAGCCGUCACUUCCGCCAUUCCCGAGGCUCCGCCCCCGGUGUGGGCGGGGCCUGAGGCGCCCCCUGGCGGGGGGGAGGACCCGGAAGUUCCCGUCCUGCAGGGGGCGCUCGGCGCCAUGGCCGGGACCCUGCUGGCCGCCGUGGGGGCGGGGCUUGGCUGCUGCUACUUCCGGUGGGGGCGGGGCCAGCGGCAGCGAGCGGGGACGGAGGAGGGGGAGGAGACGCCCAGCCCUGAAGGCUCCUGGGCCCCGCCCAGCCUUGGCUCCGUCCCCCUGGAGCCCCCCAAAGGGGCGGAGCCUCACCUGUACGAGGAGGUGGAGCCGUGGGGGGGCUACGAGGAGGUGCCCCCGGAGCCGCUCGUGACCCCCCAGGGGGAGCUGGUCUGAGGGGGCGGGGCCUCGGUGGGGCCACGCCCACAAAUAGACCACGCCUACAAAUAAACCACACCCGUUCCCAG